AUGGCCAUGGACGUCCUCCCGGCCCAGCGGUGGGACGCCUUCAACUACUCGCGCUGGGACCGCUUCGGGGACGAGGAGAGCGCCGACGACGAGGCGUCGCUCCCGACGCAGCCCGGUCCGCCGGCCGCUCCCGAGGCCGCGGCGCGGCGGUCGCCAGCCGUCGCGGCGCGGGCGCCGCCGCGGCGAGCGCCGGCGGCGCCGCCGGUCGCUCCCGAGCCGCCGCGCGCCGCCGAGCCGGCCGAGGAGCCGCGCGCCGCCGAGCCGCCCCCCGCGGCGCCGGAGGUCCCCGCGGCCCGGGGCGCGCCCGAGGACGAGUCCGAGGCCGACGAGGCGGAGAAGACGGACGACGCGGACGACGCGGAGCACGCAUCCCCCGAACCGGCGUCCCCGGCGACGCCGACGGGCGGCGACGUGCCGUUCUUCCAGCGCGCGCGGCGGCGGCGCCGGAGCCGGUCCACGGGCCCGGGCGUCCACGGCCUCCAGCGCUACAGCACGCCGCCGCGGGGCGCGCGGCCCCGCGGGAGCAUCGAGCGCUACACGGCGCCGCGCGUGGGCUUCGUCGCCGCGCCGGGCCUGGACUACAGCAAGUGGGCCGACUCGCAGUGGAACUCUGAGAGCGACGAGGAGCGCGAGCGCCUGCCGCCGCGGCGCCACAGCAUGCCGACGAACAAGGCCAAGGCCCGCGCCGAGGUCGCGCGCCUCGCCGCGCGGAGCAGCCACCCGGACGCCGCGGCCGCGUUCCGGGCGCCGUCGCCCAUCGACUACAGCCGCUGGGACAAGAUCGACGACGAGGACGACGAGGACGAGGACGGCCGGGCGACGGCGCCCGCCGAGGAGGCCGAAGGCGACGCGCGCGACGAUUCGCCGCCCGCGGUCGCCGCCGCCGAGGAGGAGCGCGCCGCCGAGGAGGAGGAGGCGUCGUCGCCGCAACCGUCGUCGCCGCGACCGCCGUCGCCGCCGUCGCCGCCGCGGCGCGCCGACGAGCCCGGGGGCAUCGACUACAGCCGCUGGGACAAGAUCGCCGACGACGACGACGACGAGCCCGGGGCCCUCGCCGAGCCCGAAAUCGACGACGCGAGCGACGGCGACUCGACGCCGUCCGUCGACGCGCGCGCGCGGACGCGGAGCGCGGAGUCGCGCGCGGCCGCGCUCCGCGCCGCGGCGGCGCGCCGCGCGGCCGCGGCCGGGGUUUUGGCGCUGGCCCUCCAGGCGCGGGCCCGGGGCCGCCGCGCGCGCGCCCGGCGCCGGCUCUGCCGCGCCGUCGCGUCGGGCAUGCGCCACUGCCUCAACCGGCGGCGGCUCGUCGCGCGGCUCGGCGCAGUGGCGACGCUGGCCCACGCGUCGCCGGCCAUCGCCUACCACCCGCGCGUGCGCAUCGGCGGCGACGCCCAGGACGUCUUCCGCGGCGUCUUCUCGCCGCGCCUCGCCGCGCCGCCGAAGAAGGGGUCCGCGGCGUCGCUGCUGCGCGGCGCGGCGCGGUGGGCGUCGGGCUCGCUCGGCGGCUCCUGGGCCGCGCCGGACCUCGAGGGGAUGGACGCCAGCGCGUCCGUGCCCUGCGCCGUGAAGAAGGUGCGGUUGAGCGAGCUCGGCGCGGGCCUCAACGAGCUCAAGUGUUUGUUGAAGUUGAAGCGGCACGCGAACGUCGUCCGCGUCUACGGCCAGGCCGAGGACGGCGACGAGUACUUGUACCUCGCCCUGGAGCUCUGCCACGGCACGCUCGACGGGUUGGCGAACAUGGUGCGGCGGCGGAGCAGGGGGUGGCCCGCGCUCCGCGCGGACCUCGAAAAGCUCGACCUCGUCGACGUCUGCAAGCAGAUGGCCGGCGGGCUCACGCACCUCCACGAGAACGGCAUCAUCCACCGCGACAUCAAGCCGAGCAACAUCUUGUGGGUCGCCCGGUCCGGCGCGCCCGUGAUCAAGCUCGCGGAUUUCGGCAUCUCCAAGGCGCUCGACGCGCGGAACGGCCGCGACGAGUACACGGUCACGUCGAGCCACGCGGGCACCGUGGGCUACAUGGCCCGCGAGUUCGUCAAAUUGAAGUGGGACUCGGGCGUGCGGAAAUCCGCGAAGAUGACCGAGGCCCAGUACAAGGCCGGCGACGUCUUCGCGCUCGGCUGCUGCAUGUACCACGUCAUCACCGGCGGCCGCCACCCGUUCGGCGACUACCCCUACAUGCUCGAGAUGGCCAUCAUGCAGGGCGCGCCGCCGAGCCUCGACGCCAUCCCGAAGAUGGCCGGGCCCCACCGGGAGGUCCUCGCGAGGGCGCUCAUCGAGGCCAUGCUCGACCACGACGCGAGGAACCGGCCCGCGGCGCGCACGGUCCGGCCGCUUCGGGGCCGCGGCGGCCGCGGCGCGCGCGGCCUCGGCCUCGGCGGCCGCGGCGGCCUCGGCCUCGGCGGCCAGGCGCUCGGCCGCGGCCUGCGCGGCCUUGGCCUCGGCUUCCAGGCGCUCGACCUGGGCCUUGGCGGCCGCCAAGGCCUGCUGCUGCUGCGUCCGCUCGGCCGCGGCCUUGGCCGCGGCCGCCUUGGCCUCCGCUUCGAUCCGUUCGGCCUCGGCUUUGGCGGCCGCCUCGGCCUCGACGCGCGCGGCCUCGAGGCGCGCGGCCUCGACGCGCGCGGCUUCGAGGCGCGCGGCCUCGAGGCGCUCGGCCUCGAUGCGCGCGGCCGCGAGGCGCGCGGCCUCGACUCGCUCGGCCUCGAUGCGCGCGGCCGCGCGCUCGGCCUCGAGGCGCUCGGCUUCGAGGCGCGCGGCCUCGAGGCGCUCGGCUUCGAGGCGCUCGGCCUCGAGGCGCGCGGCCUCGAGGCGCGCGGCCUCGCGGCGCUCGGCUGCGAGGCGCGCGGCUUCGCGGCGCUCGGCUUCGAGGCGCUCGGCCUCGGCUUUGGCCUUCGCGGCGGCCGUGGCCUCUCUCAUACGAUGGCCGAGCCCAUGCGCGUGCUGCUGGUGGCCGACGAGCCCUUGGACGCGAAGGCGGACGGCUCGAAGCAGCGGUCGCUCAUGGCGACGCUGCCCGCGGGUAAGGCCGUGAAGGCGAGCUCGCUGCUGAAAAAGUUCGCCGGCCACUUCGGCGUCGACCUCGCGGCGCUGGAGCUGCGCACGUCGCGGGGCGACGCGCUCGGCGCGCGCGACGUCGUGGAGCGCGACGGCGACGCGGCGCAGACCGUGCUCACCGUGGCGCGGCGCGCCGACGCGCCGCCCGUCGCGGCCGCCGCGCCCGCGGCCCCGGCGGCCCCGGCGGCCCCGGCGCCCGCGGCGCCCGCGGCGCCCGCGGCUCCCGCUCCGCCGCCGCCGCCGGAGGCACCGCCCGCGGCCCCCGCGCCCGCGGGCGCCGCCGCGCCGACGAAGAAGAAGAAGAAGCGGGAGAAGCCCUGCAAGGCCGCGCUCCAGCUCCACGGCGCGGAGAACGGCCGUCCCUGCAAGUGCAGCAGCGACGCGUGCUGGGUCACGAAGCGCAAGGGCGGCGGCUUCCGCAUCGUGCUCAAGGGCGGCGGCGGCGUCACGGCGGCGUCGCGCGCCAGGGUCGAGGAGCAGCGGCGGCGCGCGGCCGAGCGCCGCGCGGGCGUCCUCGUCUCCGUCAUCUGCCCGACGACGCCCGAGCGCGCGCCGCUCCACCCGCUGCUCUACGCCUGCUUCCUCGCCCAGACCCACGCGCGGCGCGAGCUCGUCGUCUACGACACGGGCGCCGAGGGCACGCCGAGCCCCUACUGGCUCGACGUCUGCGCGAAGGACGGCCGCGUGACGUACCACCACGACGCCGCGUUCCACAUGAACGUGGGCCACAAGCGCAACGUGCUCGUCGACCGCUGCAAAGGCGACGUCGUCGCCAUGUUCGACGACGACAACUUCUACGCGCCGACGUUUAUCGAGAUCAUGCUCCGCCACCUCCUCGACAGCGGCGCGCGCAUGGUGAGCCUCUCCGGGUUCUACGGCUACGCCACGGACGAGGCCAUGGGUCACGCCGUCUGCACGCAGUGGGAGUACUACCGCAACGUCGGCGGCCGCGGCGAGACGCAGCUCUUCUGGAAGUCGGCCGACGACGUCGAGGGGCAGAAGCCGGGCGCCGCGCGGGUCCCGCUCUUCGACGCGGAGGUCACGUGGGGCGAGGAGGGCGUGCUCAUCUCCGAGAGCCGGCCCCUGGGCUGGCACCGCGUCUGGGACGACGUGGGCAUCUUCCUCCACGUCUACCACGGCCACAAUUUUACGUUGGUCCACCCCAGGGCAGCACAAGAGAGCGAAAUUCCCAACUUCAAAGGCUCAUAUCUCGGCCGUUUUCCACUCGUCCACCCGGACGAGUUCAAGGAGGAGAUCCGCGACGCCGACGGCGUCGCCUGGAAGCGCGCGGAGGCCGGCGUCGAGUGGCGGCCCGCGUCGCGCAAAGAGAUCCCGAACCUCGAGCUCCUGCGCCUCUUCGACGACUGGCACGGCGCGCGGCGCGUCUUCGACGGCGUCUUCGCGACGCCCGUCGACCCCGAGGGCGAGCAGGCGCCCGACGACUGGUACGACCUGCCGGACACGAUGAAGGCGAACAUCCACGUGCGGCCCCGGCGCGUCCGGCCCAGCGACGUCGCCGACCUCGAGAGCGACGGCGAGGACGAGUACGAGGCCAUCGCCGCGCGCGAGAAGCGCGCGGCCGAGGCGUCCGAGGCCGCGCGGAAGAAGCGCGAGGGGACGGCGACGUACCACUGCUCGUGGAAGGUCGAUAUUGUCGCUAAUUAUCACUGGUAGGCAACCAGCGAUCAUGGCAUCAAAGAGUCUGCGGCUGUUUGGACUAUCUCCGCGGGGGACAAAACACCACUUGGCGUGCAUCAUGGUUUCAGCAUACAAGGAGGCCGUUUCGGUUCUCGGGUCUGCCCAUUUGAUCAUAACAUCUUGCUCUGAUGCCAACUGCACUAGUGCACGACGCACCCGAUCGGUAGAGCGGGUUUGAUCCCUGCGAUUCCCAAUAAAUGCAAAAUCCACAAAUUUUGGAUAUCGAUUCCGUCGAAUCUCGUGGUGAGCAGAGUAAGGAACAACGAUCCCAUAUGCUUUGACAUCGUGCCGCCAGUUAGUCCGUUUAGGAUUUAAUUCAUUGAUGAGCAAUCGCGCUUUGCGCUGUUGUAAAACUCUCCAUUGUUCAUUUCGCAGUGCAAACCUGCAUCUCCAUGAUCCACAUAUAAACGCAAUGCGAGCAGUCACCUUUUUGCGUUUCAACCAUUGCAAAACCUCCUGCUGUCUACUGUAGUGUUCCACGCCACGGCACUUCCCUACGGCAUGGCUGAGCACAGGGAAGGUAUCGAGUAUGACCACAUCAGCUUCGGAGAGUUCGGAAGUUCUCCAGCCGGAAUCGACGAUUUGCUGGUGUAGAUAGUACUCGCCCAAAACUUCAGGAAUAUGAAGCUUGAGCCGGGGCAAAUCCGCUUUCUCUGAAAACGGGCUCGUGUUCCAGCGGUCUUGAAAGCAGCCGAGCAGCGUAGCAACAGGCUGGGUAAAAGUCUUCAAAUAAAUCUUAUGGAUUCGAGACGACGUCGUGUUACAUUCGAUCGCGGUACUCUUAUCGCUUUUGAAAUUGUGGUUGUUGGAGCGCUUCACUCGAGUAUAGGCGCAAUCCUCAUCUCCCACGAAACGAAGUAGUUCGUUGAACCGGCUCACUGAAAAAUUCUCGAGAGGCAGAUCAAAAUGCUUGUAUGUGGAGCUAGUGAGCAAGUCAUUACGUAAUUGCAAGUCGUGCUCUUCGAUUCCUUGUUUUGCAAACAUAGGCUUUGACGAGAAUUCCGCAUGGACAUCUAAUCUAUAAUUGUGAAUGAAUCGGGCACAAGGAAAAACACGGCGCAGCCAUUCAAGUCUCUGCCUGCUGAUUGCUGCAUGCAAAGUUUUGAACCCAAUCAGCCUGGUAUUGGGUGGAAUGGGCCCAAGAGCUACCUUCACCGCGUGCUGAAUCUCGCAGAGAACGACCUCUUCUUCAACUCUCCCAAGCGUUUGGAAAGGCCCACUGCGUUGAUCUUUAUACGUGGCAGUCUCGUAGUAAUCGAAGAGCACAUCUAUGACAUCGUCCUCGUUUCGGGACACACGCUCGCCCGCGAUGUACACGCCGGGAAGUUCGUUCAACAUAUCCACGAUGGUAGUGCUCCCCGAUCGCCCAUUCGCAAGAAGAACAACCCAUUCGUCCACGCAUAAAUCACAGCUCGCCUUGCUUGCCGCGGGCUCCGCGGUCAGCUUCUCGUCCAGCUUGACGCCCCCGCCGCCGUGGCGAAGGUGAAGGCGCAGGAAAGUACGGUCGCGCGGAUGAUGACGUGCAUGGUCGAGAUUGCGGGUGCCUGCGGGGGAAUCGACGCGGUUCGGCGGCGACGAUCGACGGACGAGGCGCACGAAUCAGGGGUUGAAACCUUUCAGGUACGUCCGCCGACGGCCGGGAGGCCGGCCGCCGGACGCGCCGCGGAAGAGCGACUCGCUCUUCGCCGUCGUCGAGGUGCCCGCCGCGGACCACGCCGCCGGCGGGCCACGACGUCGGCGGCCGGGCUUGCAUGCGCUUGGCGUGCACCGAGGACUCGAAGACGUAGCGGAGCGGGUCCCGGCGCGCCGGCCGCCGGCCGCGCCGCGCAAGAGCGAGUCGCUCUUCGCCGUCGUCGAGGUGCCCGCCGCGGACCACGCCGCCGGCGGGCCGCGAGGUGGGAGGCCGGGCUUGCAUGCGCUUGGCGUGCACCGAGGACUCGAAGACGUAGCGGAGCGGGUCCCGGCGCGCCGGCCGCCGGCCGCGCCGCGCAAGAGCGAGUCGCUCUUCGCCGUCGUCGA